AUGAAAAUGACGAAAUCAGAUACUCAAUUACGAGUCCUAAGAAAUUACUGGAUCAGCCUACAAACGCUCAAUGGUUGGAUCCCUGGUAUUGUUGAAAGAUUAAUUGGACGUUUUAAGAAAUCAUCGGGGUAUUCUGCAAAUACACAACAUGGAUGUUCUGAUAAUACACAACAUGCAAAUGCUACUGGAAAGAUGUUCCAAACUAAUCCUCUGACUGUGAAUAUGGUUGAUGCAGGUAAUAACGAUGGUAAUGAAAGUGAUGAUGAUCUUUUAACUAUUACUGAUGGAAAUUUACCUUACACUAUUAAUCAAAAUGGGUUCAGAUCCUUUACAGAUGCAGUUACUACUACAAAUAAUAUAGCUGAUGCUUCAACUAUUUACUGGGAUACUGAGGCAAGUAGGGACAUCUGUUCAAAUAAGGAUUUUGGUCUGAUAAAGUUGUCAACUGAGGAUAAUCAAGAAGUCACCAUUAAAAAUGUUGCCUAUGUUCCGGAUAUUACAAGAAAUUUAUUUCAUCCUGCCUCAGAAAAUUGA